AUGUCUGAACCGUCUGAAUCCCCUUUGGCCCGCCCCAACCACCACCGCCGACAAAGGCAUGGUGGUGACCUCACCGUCCCCCAGUCCAGCCGACCUGGCAGCUCUCUAAGUUUCACCUCUCUCAUCGGCCAACAACAACGUCCUCAUAGUUCUCUGAGCGUCAAUCAUCCCAAGAGUGGCCAACAACAUGGCAUAGAUGCAGACGAGGGGGGUGGUGCCGAGAUACCUGAUAUUCCUCUCAAACGGCCCGGGCGUCGUCUCACUUCAGAGCAGCAGGCUCUCAAGCCCUCACGCAUCGAUGAGGCAUGGGGCGAGGAGGACAAUAAUGACUGGACACCCCACAGACCGAUCAACCCCAACAGUAUCACCUCUCAAAAAGACAGACUGCCGUCUUCCAUCAGCCCGCCCAUGAGCCCAAUCACGCAUUCAUCAAGGUCCAGGGCGAACUCAGAGACAUCAACUUAUCGCACUGAUGCCACCUCUAUGCUGCCAGCUUUACAGACUAAGGGUGCUGGGGACGACGAGAUUCUUGAGCCUCUGGCCGAGGAGGAGGUCGAACCGGGUUCCUUUGACCUCGUAGUGCCAUCACAUGGAGACAGCGGACAGCACUACGACCUUGAGGACCGAUCUUUACUGAUCUUCUCCAAGGACCAUCUCCGCGCCAUCUUCAGGGAUCACAUUCUGCUGCAGCGAUUCACUGACUUCCUGCACUCAGUCCGCCCUGAUUCACUACCUCUUCUGUCGUACUACCUGGACUGUCUCAAGGCUCUGCGGGCCAUUUCAUACGCAAAUGCCAUCACUGAUGGCCUGGAUACCCUUCCUGAGCACGACUUCUCUACCGAUAAUACCUACAAGACGGUCAACACCUCGCUAGAGAAGAAGGCUGAGGCUGCCUUUGACGUUCUGGUUCAACAAGACCUGCCUGCCUACGUCACACAUCUUUGGAUUCAGACUGUCACUACGUCAAUCUCGAAACGGAUCACAGGCACUCUCCCUGUGCAGCUGAAGGAGAUGUCCGAGGGUCUUGCAGAGGUCUUUUGUUUGACAGACCCGUCAAGACACGACAACCCCAUCAUCUUUGCAUCUGAAGAGUUUCACAGAACAACGCAAUACGGCAUGAAACAUGUCAUUGGCCGUAAUUGUCGCUUCCUACAGGGCCCCAAGACGGAUCCUUUCAGCGUGAGGCGGAUUCGCGAUAAGAUCUCCGCCGGCAAAGAACACUUUGAGACCUUUCUCAACUAUCGCCGCGAUGGUUCGCCUUUCAUGAACCUCCUCAUGAUUGCUCCCCUGUAUGAUAGCCGUGGAGCUAUUCGUUACUUUAUUGGCGCGCAGGUCGACGUGUCGGGUCUCGCCAAACAGAUCUCAGGGCUGGAUGCCCUCCAAAACCUGGUCGCUGCGAGAGAGUCCGCUGCGGCUGCAGGCGAUGAGAUCGACGAAGAUUUGGAGGACAAAGAUGAGUUUCAGAAUCUUUGCGACAUGUUUAACAUGACGGAGCUCGAGACGGUCCGGCGCCGCGGUGGUAAUAUGCAUCGCGUGCCACAAGACGAGCCUCAAGAUGGAUCGUCAAAUAACUGGCACAAGCCCCGUAUCCUACUCCAGGAUGAGACAUCGUCGAUCGAGAAACACGGGCUGUCAAUCUCUCCGUCGAUAUCAGACAGCGGAAAGCUCCCUGGGAUCUACGAAUACUACCUGCUCGUCCGCCCGUACCCCAGUCUGCGCGUCCUCUUCGCCUCUCCAUCUCUAAGGAUGCCUGGCAUUCUCCAGUCAAACUUCAUGGACAAGAUCGGCGGCUCGAACCGAGUCCGUGACGGACUUCACCACGCCUUUGCGGGCGGCCACGGAGUCACCGCCAAGGUCCGAUGGAUGAGCUCAGCCAACAGUGAGGGCAGGGUGCGGUGGAUACACUGUACCCCUUUGCUCGGCAGCAAUGGCGCCGUCGGCGUCUGGAUGAUUGUUCUGAUCGACGACGAAUCCGACCCCACUGCGAAGAAGGGCAAAGAGGCUCCCCCAGUCGACGGACGGCUGCGUAAAACAGCUGCUGCCUUGGAGCGCGAACGUCCUUACAAGGACAAGGACGACAGUUUGAGCCUAGCCGGAUACAUCGCUACGGCAAGUUCCCGCGGCGACGAGGUUGAUAGUCACGACGAAUUUGAUAUAUCGAUCGUCCGCCCUGGCAGUCGCUCAAGUCGUCAUUCCAGUCGUUUAAGCCGCGAGCCGGGUACUCCACGGCGACAUAAGCCUCCGGCGUUUGACUAUGACGACGAGCUGUCCCGAUCUAGGACGACUGUACGACUAGAGGAUUAA